AUGUCGUCCAAGGCUUCGCAGCAUGUAGGGAACAAUCGGUUCACCCGCUCCACUGUGGUCAUCGUCGGCGCCGGCAUAUCAGGUAUUUGCAUGGCGAUCGACCUUCUCCGCCGCACGCCCACCCGCAACAUUAUCAUCCUUGAAAAGGGAAGCAGGGUCGGAGGAACAUGGGCUGACAAUCGAUACCCCGGCGCUGCAUGCGAUGUCCGCAGCUCGCUGUACAGCUUUUCAUUUGAGCAGUGUCCCACCUGGACGGAGGAGUUCCCUCGUCAGAAAGAAUUACUGGAAUACCUCACGGAUAUUGCCCAGAAAUACGGCCUCUAUCGGUACAUCCGGUUCAACUCGAUGGUGCAGGAAGCGCGCUGGGACGACAGUCAGCUGCAAUGGAAGGUGCAGGUGGCCCUGACUGGCGCAAAGGAUAGCCAAUUCCAGGAGGCAUACGAGAUUACCACCGACUUCCUUAUAUCGGCCGUCGGUCAGCUCAAUAUACCCAGCUAUCCUAGAAUCCCGGGCCUGGACGAUUUCACCGGCAAGAUGAUGCACUCCGCCAGAUGGGACUGGGGCUAUGACUUUGCAGAUAAACGAGUGGCUGUAAUUGGCAGCGGCGCCACCGCGGCCCAGAUUGUUCCCGAAAUGGCCAAAACCGUUUCUCACCUCACCGUUUACCAACGCACCCCGAAUUGGAUCUUCCUACGCGGGAACAAGCCCGUGUCUGCCAUGGAGCGAUUUCUUUUAACUUAUGUGCCUCUUGUACGCUGGUGCAAGCGAGCCAUGAUUAUGCGGAUUAGGGAAUGGUCAUAUAGUCCCGUCACGAAUCCUGAAUCGGGCACCGCCCACCAAGUCAAGGAGUGGGCGCUGGCGAGGAUGAGAUCCAACCUACCGGAUAAGCCCGACUUGUGGGAGGCUUUGACACCCAAAUACUCCUUUGGAUGCAAGCGCGUUCUCUUCUGCGAUGACUACUAUCCGACGCUGAAUUCCAGUCAUGUUGAUCUCGAGACACGGUCAAUCCAGCGUAUAACGGCUACGGGCAUCCAAACAGAGGGUGACGGGAAUCAGGAUUACGACCUGAUCGUUCUGGCGAGUGGGUUCCGCGCUUCAGAGUUCCUGCAGCCGAUAAAAAUAUAUGGCUCCCACGGUCGACCGCUCGAGGAUAUUUGGAAAGGGGGAGCCACGGCGUAUCGUGGUGUGGUGGCAGAAGAUCUGCCGAAUUUCGGAAUGCUAUACGGACCUAACACAAACCUAGGCCACAACUCCAUCAUCUUGAUGAUUGAAGCACAGUCGAAGUAUCUGAGCACGUUGGUUGGAGCAGUCGUCGAAUCCAAGGAGAAAGGCCAGUCCUUGGCACUACAGCCCCGACCGGACGUGGUACGAGAAUACAACGAACGCAUCCAAGACCGACUGUCCAAGACCAGCUUCGCCGAUCCCAGCUGCCGGAGCUGGUAUAAGACCAAAGACGGUCGGAUCACGAACAAUUGGCCGGGGACGGUGGUGGAGUAUCAAGAGCAGAUGUCCCAGCUGCAAUGGACGGACUACCUCAUUCAGGGCACUGGAGCGGAGUUUAUGAAGAAGAAAAAGGCAGCGUGUAUCGCCCGAGUCAAGGAGGAGAUGCCGGUUAGCACGACGACAUUGGUGUUGGGACUGGUCAUGGUGGCCGGGGGGUGCUAUCUGCGCACCACGCGGGGGUGGAGGUAG